AUGGAACCAGAGCCAACCAUUAGCGCUCUCCUCAAGGCUGUCACAGCCCUCACAGCCACCGUUGGGUCCUUACAGGACCAAAUCCGCUCCCAAGGCCAGCAGCUCAGCAAGCUCAAAGCCAUAUGCAAAGAGACCGCGGACCUUCUUGGUGACAAGGACCAAGGGGGAACUACCCAAACCCAAGCACAGCCUGGCCCAUCGACUGGGCCUAUCACCCCUCCUUCUCAUACAGGAGGACAAGCCAACACUCCAAGAACGGCUAGGCCUGGGUUCAGGGACCCGUUCCGCCCCACCAGAGGCACCACUGGGUACGACUCCAAGGAAGAACAGCCAAGAAGGAUCAAGGAAGAACCUUGCGGAGCGCUUAGGGAUUUGAGGACCCUCACUCCCUUCAGUUUGGGCUCGGACACCAAACGUCCCAAAAUGGAGCUACCGGAUCCAUUCAAAGGGGAGAUUCGAGGGCAAAAGGCGGUUCAAUGGCUAGACCGCAUGCUGUUAUGGGGGGCCCUUCAUAGGGACCAAUUUGAAGAGGACGAGCAGUUAAUUGUCUGGAUCCUCUACCACAUGGAGGAUAAAGCCGCUGAUUGGGCACUCCCUAUUAUUGGGAAUAUCCUCAAGGGUGAAACCAAUGCCCCCACAACCAUCCCUGCCAUAACAACCAAGUUCAAGGAAGCCUUUGCGGAUCCUGACGCUAAAAGGGCAGCCGCAAGGAAGAUAGCCGCGCUGACUCAGACAACCACCACGUCUGAGUACGUCACCGAGUUCCGUAACCUCAUUGCGGAAUUGGACUGGAACAAAGAGGCUUAUAUUGCCCAGUUCACGCGCGGCCUUCAUUGGAAGGUCAAGGAACUCUUGUCCACCAAGGACAACAUCCCAGACGAGUUAGAGGCUAUAUUUGCCGCCUCCAUUAAAAUAGACAAUACUCGUCGGGAAAACAAGGAGAACCGGCCCAAGAAGGUCCCAGCUAAAACCCCAGUCACUGCGACCACCUCCACCACCACCACAAGGGUCCGUCUAUCAGAAGACCCAAACUACGUCACCCCGGAGGAACGGGACCGUCGUCGCGCGUCUGGCCUGUGCGUCAAGUGCGGUCAAAAGGGGCAUGGAAUCAAACAAUGUCCCAAUGGCUGGAAGGCAACGACCAAGGAGGUGGCCAAAAUAGCAGAGGACGAGUUGGGAAAAGAAUAG